AUGGCAGCAGCGCCGUCUGCGGAAAGCCAGGCGAAGGAGACUAAAGACGACGGGCAAGUGAAGCCUUAUGGUGCGGGCGGGGCGGCUUCUCUCUCUCCUGGCGCCGAUGCUUCUAAGGAGCGUUUCGAUGGGAGCGGCGGCAAGAGCUUGCGCGCGACCGCUUACGACGAGCACAACAACGCGAUGCGCGGCGGAGGUGGCGCACCAGGGGCCGGCGGGGGAGCGCGCGGAGCCGCGCAGGCGGAAGGGAUGGCUGAUUUCCGCACGUGGCUCGAGGACCAGAUUAGGUUUAGCGAGUCGCUAACCAUGAUGAGCGCGGCUAUGGCUGGCUCGUCCUCAAAAGCCUCUGGUUCAGUUCCGCGCACCCGCUCCGCCGCCGUCGUGUCCCUUGCCCGCCUCCCGUCGCUCCCGCUCUCCGCGCACGGCUCCGGGAGCACCGCUGCCGCCGUCGCGUCGCCCACGGCAGAUGGAGCUUCCGCGUCGGAUUCCGCCCUUCCCGUUUCCGGUCCGCUGCCGCCCCCCAACGCUGUUGUUCCGCUGACUCCUGGAUCCGCCUCCGGCUCCUCUUCCGGCGGAUCUGGCGGCGGGGGCAUGCUGCUGAGCCGCUUCUCCCCGCUUCGUGCGCUCGCUCGGGUAGCGGCGCGCCGAUCGCGCUGCUGCUUCUCCAUGCACGUGCACGGCAUCAGCGGCCUCCCGCCGGCGUUCAACCGUCCGCCCAACGGCACCCCGAGAAACGGCGGUGGCGGCGGGGGAGGAGGCUGGGAAGCUGUGGUGUCGUGGCAGCGGCGCGGAAUGUCGGUGGGAACGAGCUUUGCGGAGGUGAACGAGGGGGUGGUGAGAUUUGAGCAGAUGUUGCAGUUAUCGUGCACGCUUUACUUCUCCUCCGGUCCUUCGUCCACGCUGCGCUUCCAGGGCAAGCCGUCUACUGUGGUUGUCCGCGUGCUCGACCGCACGGGGGGCGGAGCCGGCGGAAGGAGCGCGGGCGCGGGCGCGGGGGGAGCGGCGGAGGGUCGGAUGGGCAGCAGCUACGAGAUCGGACGGCAUCUGGUGGAUCUCUCGCGGCUCGUCCCGCAGUCGCUUGUGGAAACGGAGAUCGGGCCGCACACGCUCUCGUUCCCGCUCGACGGCCCCGCGAAAGGCGCCGUGUUGCUCGCUACGUUCGGGUACGAGCUGCAAAUUAACCAGCACAGCGGCGGUGGCGGCGGCGGGAGGUACGGGGAGGCGCGGGUUGCGCGCGCGGAAACCCGCGCGUUCCGCGCGUUCUCGCUCCCCAGCAGCGCGCGCACCUCCCCCAGUUCGAGCCCGUCGCGGUCGUCGGGGUGGGCGGGCGCCACGACCGCGACUUCGUCGUCUAGCGCCGCGUGGGAGGCGCGGAGCGGCGGAGGGGAGUGGGGGAUGGAGGAGGGGCAGGGGGAGACCCCGGGGGUGGAAGAAGGGCCUGAGGCAACGUCGCUAGAGCGAGAGGGGGAAGAGGGGGUGGGGGAGGUCGGGGCGGGGGCGGGGGGAGUUUACGCUAGCGGGGAAGGGGAAGUUGAACCGGAGAGCGGAGUGGUUAAGGGUGGGGGCGACGAGGGCGGAGAGAGGGCGGAGGGCGGAGGUGAGGUUGAGUCUGUUGUGGUGAGAGAGGGGUGGGUUGAGACAGAGGAUGAGAGAGUUGAUGUUGAAGGGGAAGGCUUGGGGAGGUACAAGGAAGGUAAGGGCGGAGUGGGUGUGAGUGAUGGAGGGGAAGGGAGGGGUGUGCGUGAGGAAGGAGUUUCGGAUGUUUGUGGUAAUGCUGGACCUGGGAGGGACGCUGGGAAUAAUGAAACGCAGGAUGAUACUAUAAUGGAUGUGAUUGAGCUGGAGGAUCUUGUGGCGAUUGAGUCGUCAGAGGGGGCUGAGUCACCGCUCAGAGCACGUGCCCCUGCCCUUUCCUCUACUGGUGCUGGCGCUGCUGCUGCUGAUUCCUCGCUCUCCGCUCCACAUGCAGCAACAGCAGCAGGGUUGCGUAGUGGGAAGGCCGGGGGAGCGGAGGAGGAAGAGGGAGUGGGAGUGCCGGAAGAGGAGAUGGAGGCGGUUACUGAUGAGUUCCUGGCUCUGCUUCUGGAAGGGCAGCUGAGCCCAGAGAGGGAAGGCGACAAGCCAGGCCGCCUCAGCGGCAGCAGAGGCAGCAGCGGGAAGGGCGCUGGCAGCAGUGGUGCUGUGAGUGGUGCUGCAGGUGCUGGCGGUGCGGCCGGAGGUGGUGGGCUUGUGCUCGCAGGCUCGACUCUUUCGCACAGUGGCAUGCUCACAGUGGGGAACAAUGGGCUGUGGCUGGAUAAGAUUCCAGAGGAGGAGGAAGGGGAGGUUGAUGGAGAUGAUGUGGAGUGA